GGUGCCUAUUUAGGCCAGUAUGUGUAGGGCAUCUAACCCAGCACUACUCCUAAGGUAAGAUGCCGGAACAGCUAGAGCAAGAGAAGUGUCCGAAGUGUCAGCAGACAGUAUAUGAUGCUGAAGGAUUCCCAGCAGGUGGAAGAAGGUUCCAUAAACGUUGCUUCAAGUGUACAACCUGUACCAAAAAGCUUGAUUCCACUAGUGUCAGAACCCAUGGUGAGAGCUUGUACUGCAAAGCCUGCCACCUCAAGCUUGUGCCUAAUCAAAGUCCCAAGAUCUAUGCUGAUACGACCGUUAUCAAGCCUGCGGACGGCAAGGGCUGCCCCCGUUGUGGAGGUGCUGUCUAUGAGGCAGAGAAACUCACUGUCAAGGAUGAGUUUUACCACAAGAGAUGCUUCACUUGUAAAAGAUGCACCCGUCCCAUGGACUCUCUCAUGGUCACAGUGGCUCCAGACCAAGACAUCUACUGCAAUGUCUGCCUGAAGAUAGUAACAGCACCUGAGCGUCCUAAUGUUCUCACUGAUACAACUAUCAUCAUGGGCUCAGGAGAUGUGGAAACCAAGGACAGCUGUCCUCGUUGUGGUGGAAAGGUGUUCGAAGCUGAAAAGAUGACCGGAAAGUUUGGUUAUUAUCACAAGAAGUGCUUCAAGUGUCUCAAGUGCAAGAGGCCACUAGACUAUCAGUCGCUCUCAGAAGGCCCAGAUAAUGAAGUGUAUUGUAAGAACUGUUAUGCUUAUGAGCACGGACACAAGUCCAAACCAAAUCUUCAUGAUUCUGAUGUUACUCUUCUAAAGGGAGAAGAUGGUGAGCCAGAUGUUUGCCCACGCUGCUGUGGUAAAGUGUUUGAAGCUGAGAAACAGAUUGCUAAACCUGGAAGCUAUCACAGGAAGUGUUUCACUUGCGCUGAGUGUAAGCACCAAAUGGAUCCAAGAGGAUUUGCUAAUGGUCCUGAUAAUGAAAUCUACUGUCUGUUCUGCUAUGACAAGAUUCAUGGUAAAAAGGCCAAAACAAAGUCAAUGCCCUUGGAUACUACUUCCAUUGAAGGAGAUGGUGAACUUGGUACUUGCCCCAGAUGCACCGGUAAAGUAUUUGCAGCUGAAAAAAUGGUUGCUGCCAGUGGAUUUUACCACAGACAUUGCUUCCGGUGUUCUUUCUGCUCUCAGCCGCUUGAUUCAACAAGUGUAUGUGAUGGUCCUGACAAUAAGAUUUAUUGUCGCGUCUGCUAUAAAAAGCUUCGAGGAAGCUCUAAGCCUAAGUUCUAUGAUGAAGCUUCAGUUGCUACUCAUACUAUUCAAGGAAAGGAGAAUGAAAAGGCCUGUCCAAGAUGCAAUGGCAUGGUAUACCCUGCUGAGAAGAUGGUAUCUCUUAACCACUGGUACCACAAGAAAUGCUUCUCUUGUCUUGAUUGCCAGCGGCCAAUGGAUCAAUUCAUUGCUUGUGACUCUCCUGAUGGAGAAAUAUUAUGCAAGGGGUGCUACAACAAGAAGUUCAGUUGUGCUGCUUAUACCAUGUCUGGUGGUGACAUGCUUAAGUUCCUUAGCACCACUACAAUUAUGGCAGAAGAUGGAGAUCUUACAGCCUGUCCAAGGUGUAAUGGAAAAGUUUUCCAUAAUGAGAGAGUUGUGAGUAAUGGGAGAAACUACCACAAGAAGUGUGCUAACUGCAAGACUUGUGAGAAGAACAUUGGGACUAAGGACAUCUGUGACGGUAAGGAUGGAGAUAUUUACUGCAAAAGUUGCUAUGCUCGCAAGUUUGGGGCCCCAGGCUAUCGUGGAGCUGGAUGUGGAGAUUGGACUGAUGCAAAUUCUGCAGAAACACUCAGGCCACACACAUCAACUGAUACAUCUCUCAUCAAGGGAAAUGAUAAAGAUGACAGCACUUGCCACCGGUGUGGUGGGAAAACAUUUGAGAUGGAAAGAAAAUUGUCAAAGACAGGUGCUUGGCAUACAAAGUGUUUCUGCUGUGUUAAAUGCACAAAGCCCUUCUUGAACCUCCAUUAUGUUUAUGAGGGUGCAGAUAAAGAGAUCUAUUGCAAGCCUUGCUUUCGCAAAUCCUUUCCAAAAAAUGAGACACCGCUGACAUUUUCAGAUACAACCAAAAUUGCUGCACAAAGUGAUGAAACUGCAUGCCCAAGAUGCGCAGGUGCAGUUUUCUCUGCAGAACAGAUGGAGAUAAAGGGAAAGCUUUACCAUAAGAAGUGCAUGACCUGCAAAAAUUGCACACGACCCAUCAGUAUUGAUUUGAUGGCCAUAGGUCCAGAUGAGGAUCUUUACUGCACAAUUUGCUGCCACAAGAUGUCUUGGCCUGGAAGAUACACACUUGCUGUAGAUACUUCUGUGAUUCCAGGAGAAAGUGGAGACAGAGAAAGCUGUCCAAAAUGUAAUGGUAAAGUGUUUGAAGCUGAGAAGAUGAUCACAAAGAGAGGCUUAUAUCAUAAGAAAUGCUUUGCAUGCAUUAAAUGUAAACAUCAACUUGAUUACUUUCUGGCGAUUGAAGGCCCUGAUGACGAGGUUUAUUGCAAGGUGUGCUAUGGCAGAUAUUUUGGGCCAGGUGGAAGAAAUCAGUUUGGAGAUAACAGCAUCUUUCCAACAGAUGAGACUGAUGAAGAUGCUUGUGUCAGGUGCAAAGGAAAAGUGUUUGAAGCUGAAAGAGUGGUGGCUAAAGCAGGCCCUUUUCACAAGUACUGCUUGAACUGUGCAGAAUGUCAUGCCAACUUGGAUGCUGGAUUCUUCAAUGGACCAGAGGGAGAGAUUUUCUGUCGUCAUUGCUAUGCAGUCAAAUUUGGUCACAAGGCCAAAUCUGAGUACAAAGGUUGGAUGGAUUCACAAACAAUAAUGGGAGAAAAGGGAAAUCAAGACACAUGCCCAAGAUGCAAUGGAAAAGUUUUUGAAGCAGAAAAAUGUCCGACUAAGGUUGGAAACUUCCACAAGAAUUGCUACUCCUGCAUUGAGUGUGUUAGGAAGUUAGACUCUGUCACUUGUUGCGAGGGCCCAGACGGAGAGAUAUAUUGCAAAUCCUGCUAUGCUUACUCCUUUGGAUCAAAGUCCAGAUCCAGGUCUCGUGCUACAAAGCUCUUGGGCCCGAGAUCUAAAAACCUUGGCAAGUUUUAUGAUAAUGAGGAUGACAUGCUUGCCCGUUCUACGAUUGAAACAUGGGUCAUCAAAGGAGACAGGGACAGCCAAGACUGCUGCCCUAAAUGUGAGGGUAAAGUCUUUGAGGCUGAGAAGAUGGUGACUGCUGCUGGAAAAUGGUAUCACAAGAACUGCUUCAAGUGUCAUGAAUGCCUUGCUGUUCUUGACUCCCUGAAGAACAAUGAUGGCCCUGAUGGAAACAUUUAUUGUAAGAUGUGCUAUAAUAAAAACUAUGGUCCUCAAAACAGACCAUCUGAUAUAGACCUUAAGGCCCGAAAUACUGGACUGAUCAAAUCCAGUGAUGAAAAGAAAAACUGCCCUCGGUGUGGAGGUGGAGUCUUCUCAGCUGAGGAAAUAUUCUCCAAGGGUCGCAGUUAUCACAAAAAAUGUGCAACAUGUUUGGGAUGCGAGCAGCAACUUACUUUUAACACUAUCUUUGAUGGUGAUGAUAACGAGAUAUACUGCAAGCAUUGCUAUCACCGUAGAUUUGCUGCUGUUGGAUAUAGAGGAGCUGGAUCUUCAGAUUGGGUUGAUGGAGAUUCUGCCAAUGUUCUGAGGCAUAGUUUCCAGGCCUUUUAACUUUAUAUCUGUUAGAUAAACAUUGUUAAAAAGUCAUGCUUAUCAUAUACAUUAUAGAAAUGUAUAUGUAAGUAUUCAUGAAUCGAUUUGUUUUGUGUGGAUUUUUCAUUGUAAAUUUAACAAUUAUUCAAGAUAAAAAGUGUGAACUAUUAUGUAAACACUGAACUAACCUUAGACUUCUUACUGCACCAAGAUAUUGAAUUGUAUGUAUUGUAACUUAAUAUAUUGUAACUUUAAGAUGUGUCGAAAUAGAAAUGGUUCUGGUUUUUA